UGGACCAGCUGGGAGGCCACGGGCGGGCGGGCACAGUGUAGGGUUACAGUCCAUUUAUGGGUGCAGCAGAGGGCAGAUAUCAGCGGCGAUGGCAUUCCCUCCCAGCUAUUCUUAGGAGCCGCUCAGGAGCUCCCCACUGCCUGGCCGGGCAGCAAGGGACGGAGCAGGGGCAUCUGCCGUGGGAACCAGCAUGUCUUACAGCGUGACCCUGACCGGGCCAGGGCCCUGGGGCUUCCGCCUGCAGGGGGGCAAAGACUUCAACAUGCCCCUGACCAUCUCCAGGAUCACGCCAGGCAGCAAGGCAGCCCAGUCCCAGCUCAGCCAGGGUGACCUCGUGGUGGCCAUUGACGGCGUCAACACAGACACCAUGACCCACCUGGAGGCCCAAAACAAGAUCAAGUCUGCCAGCUACAACCUGAGCCUCACUCUGCAGAAGUCGAAGCGCCCCAUUCCCAUCUCCACGGCUGCGCCCCCGGUCCAGUCUCCUCUGCCGGUGAUCCCGCACCAAAAGGACCCUGCUCUGGACACGAACGGCAGCCCCGAGGCGAGGGCCAGCCCGGGCACCCCAGAGCUCAGGGGCGCCUUCAGCCCCUCCUACUCCCAGGCCUCCAGCUUCUCCCCGCACACGGAGGUCUUGGACUCCGGCCUUUCACAGGGCAGCCCGAGCACCAAGAUCAGCUCGGAGGGGGCCCGGGCUGCGCAGGGCUCGCGCCGGCCGAGGCAGUACAACAACCCCAUUGGCCUGUACUCGGCAGAGACCCUGAGGGAGAUGGCUCAGCUGUAUCACAUGAGCCUCCGAGGGAAGGCCUCGGGUGCUGGACUCCCAGGAGGGAGCCUUCCUGUGAAAGACCUGGCGGUGGACAGCGCCUCGCCCGUGUACCAGGCUGUGAUCAAGAACCAGAACAAGCCUGAGGAUGAGGCUGACGAGUGGGCCCGCCGCUCCUCCAACCUGCAGUCACGCUCCUUCCGGAUCCUGGCCCAGAUGACGGGGACGGAAUUCAUGCAAGACCCCGAUGAGGAAGCUCUGCGAAGGUCAAGCACCCCCAUUGAGCAUGCUCCAGUGUGCACCAGCCAGGCCGCCACCCCGCUGCUGCCCGCUUCUGCCCAGCCGCCUGCUGCCGCCUCUCCCAGCACAGCCUCGCCGCCCCUGGCUGCAGCCGCGGCCCAUGCAGCCCCUGCCUCAAGCCCUGCGGACAGUCCAAGGCCCCAGGCCUCUGCCUAUGGCCACACAGCAGCUGCCUCUCCAGCACCUGCCACCCAUACCAGCUACAGCGAGGGCCCAGCUGCCCCUGCACCCAAGCCCCGGGUCGUCACCACUGCCAGCAUCCGGCCAUCUGUCUACCAGCCAGUGCCUGCACCUACCUACAGCCCGUCGCCAGGAGCCAGUUACAGUCCAGCCCCCUACACUCCUUCACCUGCCCCUUCCUACACCCCCUCCCCUGCCCCCACCUACUCCCCUUCCCCAGCACCCACCUACACCCCCUCACCUGCCCCCAACUAUAACCCUUCACCCUCAGCGGCCUACAGUGGGGGUCCCACGGAAGCUACCAGCCGGCCCCCCUGGGUGACAGAUGACAGCUUCUCUCAGAAGUUCGCCCCUGGCAAGACCACUACCACUGUCAGCAAGCAGACCCUGCCACGGGGGGCCCCAGCCUACACCCCGGCAGGGCCCCAGGUGUCCCCUCUCGCCAGGGGCACCGUCCAGAGGGCUGAGCGCUUCCCAGCCAGCAGCCGAACUCCACUCUGUGGCCACUGCAACAGCAUCAUCCGGGGCCCUUUCCUCGUAGCCAUGGGCCGCUCCUGGCAUCCGGAGGAGUUCAACUGUGCCUACUGCAAGACCUCCCUGGCAGACGUGUGCUUUGUGGAGGAGCAGAACAACGUUUACUGUGAGCGGUGUUAUGAGCAGUUCUUUGCCCCACUCUGCGCCAAGUGCAAUGCCAAGAUCAUGGGGGAAGUGAUGCACGCCCUGCGGCAAACAUGGCACACCACCUGCUUUGUGUGUGCGGCAUGCAAGAAGCCUUUCGGGAACAGCCUCUUCCACAUGGAAGACGGGGAGCCCUACUGCGAGAAAGACUAUAUCAAUCUGUUCAGCACCAAGUGUCAUGGCUGCGAUUUCCCUGUGGAGGCUGGUGACAAGUUCAUCGAAGCGCUGGGGCAUACCUGGCAUGACACCUGCUUCAUCUGUGCGGUCUGCCACGUGAACCUGGAGGGGCAGCCGUUCUACUCCAAGAAGGACAAGCCGCUGUGCAAGAAGCAUGCUCACGCCAUCAACGUGUAGGAGCCGAGGGUGUCCCAUGCGGGCGAGGCUCGCAGCUGCUCCUGCUGCUGGCAACCGUGGAUUCGGAGGCUGAUGUUUCUUUUUGGGGGAAAGGGAAGGAGGAAGCGAUUGAGCCCUUUUGAAGUAUAAUUUUAGUCCUCUCUUCUGUACACAGAUCGUGUAUUUGCAUAGUUCAGACUAGAAGCCAAAUGAACAUUCUCCACCAAACUAGCAAUUAAUCCAAGACGGGGGUUGUACUUCAAACGUGUAGGACAGAAUUCCAAGAACUCAAAAGUGAAAAACUAAAAGCGACUUUCCCAGAGCGAUGCCACAGUUCCCUGCAUCCCCUGCCUGGGGACCCAGCUCAGUGCGUGUGGGAGACUCCUAGCGUUCUGCGGAGUUUCUCUCUCUCUCUCUCUCUCUCUCUCUCUCUCUCUCUCUCUCUCGGAGGUCCUCUGGCAAACAGGACCCAGUGCCAAACCCUGGCUGCAGGGUAUUUUUAGAGCCAUAGCUGAGAGCUUGCUAGCUAAGCCCCAUCGGGCUUUCCUCGCCAAAAAAGGAAGUGUUAUUCCCCGACUGGCGUCAUGGAACGACCUCUGCGCAUUGGACCUCAGACCCCGCACGGACUGGAGAAGUUGGAAAGGGAGCCCAGGCAUCCGCAGAGCUGUCCUCGGGGGUCCGCUGGGCAGCUGACCGGAGCUCUCACUCCCUGGGCGUGAGAUACCCACGGUCCCCCGCUCCGUGAGGCUUUGCACCCAUUUGAAUUGUGCUGGGGAGGGUGAAAUUGGCUUUCUCCAGUCUGGCUUUGCAGUGGGUGAGAGGACAUUUGCCAAAGGCUCGGGGUUCUGUUUGGCCUUUGUUGUGCUUUGAGAGGUUCCUGAGCGGGAGUGUCCCCUGCAUGCAUUUCACACACCCCCAGUCUGACUGCUCCCCCGUAACAUCCACCUCAGCACCCCACGCCCACUCCGCGACAGGCUGAGUGGCCCGUGGAUAAGCAGAGCGAGACAGUGUCCCGGACAGGGAUGAUGCCAGAAGAGGCCAAACCGUGCCAGACCCUGGGUCGGGAAAGAGCUCCCUGACUUCCUGCCAACUUGAGCGAGAACAAAGGAGCGGGCAGAACCUGCAGGGCCGCGCCGGCCUCUGCACAGGUCUAUGUGUGACCGUGGCAGCUGCUGGAAGGAAAGGAGGGACUGACAGCCCCCACGGUGACCAUUUUGGCCUGUGUGUUGGAAGCGUGCGCGGUGAUUUUGGUCUGUGUUGGAGCACACAGGGGGGCCGGCGUGAGCUCCUUGCCUGUAGGGGUGCCCAUCUGAGGUGGGUAAGUGUCUCCCCGCGGCCCGAGCUGCCAUCCUGGUUGGGAAGCGCUGUUAGCACCCCUGCAGCAGGCCGAGUACGUGGAUACGUGGAGGUGUCUCAUUGGAGCACAGCACUUGGCCGCGCUGCCCACUCACUGCUGCUCUCUCCUCGCUCCAGUUUUGGACUUUUUUUUUUUUUUUGUCUUUGCACGUUUGAAAUGUUUUACCGGAAUGCAUUAGAACUCUGUGUUUCAUUUCUGAGAACUGUGGCUUCCAGGAGACUGCCAGCCUACCUAGGUGGGCUGUGUCCCUAGUAAGACAGCUGCCUUUUUCUCUUUUUUUUGACAAAUGUGAAGCCACCAGCCUCCCCCAGGAAGCCCCUGAAAGCUCUUGGUGGACAUAAACAGUUCCCACCCCAGGGCCCUUCCUUACAUUUGAGGAAGUGAAAGCUAAGCACGGGGCACUGCCUUGGGAUUUGUCGGGAGAGGCACACAAACACCUUGAAGCAGCCUCUGAUUUUUGGAAAGGUCAAAGACACGGGCAUGAGGAGGUUGCAGACUGUGCAAGGGCUCUAGGUGGGUUUUCUCCAAAAAUAAUCUGUUAAAUGCUCAGAGCCUACUCUUGAGUCAAGAAGAAAACCAUCCCCUAGAGUUUCCAACAUCUCUUUUUAAAGGUCAUGCAACCCACACGCCCCAACACACACACACACACACACACACACCCCUCCACACCAUCAUUUAAAAAAAAAAUACACGCUCCUUAAAAAGCAAGCCGAGCUAUCUCACAGGGUAGCUUCACCCAAGUCCUUUCUCGCAUCAGUGUUUCCAGUGUCUCAGAGCUGAAGUGGAUUCCGCGGAACCCUUGUUUACUAAAGAAACAAACAAAGCAUUUGAAAGGUAGCAGGAACAGGAAGUAGUUCUGAGUGUGGUUCGCUCGGUGUCUGAGUCUGUUGUGUCGUCGGGAUGAAGGUGGUCUUCAAGUUGACAUCACGGAAGUCCCGCAGCACCAAACGCCCGUUCUUAGUGGUCGGAGGUGGGGAGAGUGCUUGGGAUCUGCAAGUCUCCUCACUGUUGACAUGAAUUUAGCAUUUAUAAACAUUAACUUUUUGCAACUGAGUGACUUGUUGCUGCACUGUGUUAGGAAUCUAGCUUUUAUAAUGUUAACUUUUCAACCCAUGCACUCUUGUUUUGGAAUUUUUUUUGGAUUUUUUUUUUUGGCCAAGAUUUCAGAAGUGGAAUGUAGCACAUUAGAGGUGUAUGCUAAAAGAUUUUUGCAUGUUUUUUUUUUUCUUUUUGCUCGUGUGAAUUCUUUUUAGCAAAAUAAAACCCCAAAAAGGAUGUGCAAGUG